AUGGCUGCAGAGAAUUUUACGGUUGUUACUGAAUUUAUUCUUUUGGGACUGACAGACAAUGCUGAGCUGAAAGUUAUUCUUUUUGUAUUGUUCCUGGUGAUUUAUGUUAUUACUUUGGUGGGGAAUCUGGGCAUGAUCUUCUUAAUCCAAAUCACCCCCAAGCUCCACACACCCAUGUACUUUUUCCUCAGCUGCCUUUCAUUUGUGGAUGCCUGUUAUUCAUCUGUGAUUGGACCAAAAUUGCUGAUCAGCUUCCUAGUUGUGAGGCAAACCAUCUCCUUCUCUGCCUGCAUAGUGCAGCAUUUGUUUUUCGGGGUGUUCAUCACCACAGAAGGCUUCUUGCUGUCCGUGAUGGCUUACGACCGUUAUGUGGCCAUUGUCAACCCUUUGCUUUACGCUGCAGCCAUGUCUAAGAGGAAGUCUGUGGGACUGGUCACUGGAUCACUCGUUGGUGGAAUGAUCAAUUCACUGACCCACACCAUAAGCUUUGGGAGAUUGUCUUUCUGCAGGUCCAAUGUCAUCAGUCACUUCUGUGAUGUCGCCCCACUGCUGAAGUUGUCAUGUUCUGAUACCUCCAUGAACGAGCUGUUGCUCCUAACCUUCUCUGGAGUCAUUGCUGUGGCCACCCUCUUGAUUGUGAUCAUUUCCUACACCUUCGUAGCUGUUGCUAUCCUGAGGAUCCGCUCAGCAGCAGGCAGACAGAAAGCCUUCUCCACCUGUGCCUCUCACCUGACCGCUGUGACCAUAUUCUACAGCACCUUGAGUUUUAAUUACAUUCAGCCAAGUUCCCAGUAUUCUGUAGAACAAGAGAAGGUGGUUUCAGUGUUCUAUAGACUGGUGAUUCCCAUGUUAAACCCACUGAUUUACAGUCUGAGAAACAAAGAGGUAAAGGGUGCUGUGAGAAGGGUCAUAGAAAUAAAACAUUUGUCAUGCUAA